AUGGCCAGUGGUAUUCUGGGCUCCACCUCCAAGGGCAAGGCCAAGAUUCUCAUCUCCUCUUCCUCUUCCAAGGGCGACGGUGGUGGCAACGGAGUCCCACCAGGAGGCGGUGGUGGCAACGGAGUCACACCAGGCGGUGGCGACGGAGUCCCAACAGGAGGAGGUGGUGGUGAUGUUGGAGGCCGAGAACGAAGGAUGGUCGACAUUGUUCGAAGAGUGAGACGGACCGACCAAAUAGAAGAGGAAGAACUUCUGAUGUCAAUUAAUAUCAUGUCUACCUCCUUCGGUCAUUUUGAAGGCAUUCUGCGUGAUUUUAUUCGUCCUCCAACAUCACCACCACCUUCUCCUAGUGGCACUCUGUCGCCUCCGACUGGUGUGACUCGGUCACCACCACCGCCUCAUGGUAGGACUUCAUCACCACCACCUCCUGGUGGGACUCCGUUGCCACCACCAUCGCCCUUGGAAGAGGAGAUGGGAAUCUUGCCCUUGGAGGUGGAGCCCGGAAUACCAUUGGCCAUCAAAAUCUGA